CUGUCUGUAUUAUCUUUGUAUUUUUUUUUCAGUUAAAUUUUGAUAGCUUCUAAUGGGUAUUGUGCUUGUCAAUAGCUCUGUUCUUCUUGGUUGUGCUUCCAGAUCACAUAGUUUUGAACUUGGCGAUUAUAUGUAUUAUGGGCAUCAUAGAAAUGAGAGCUUUUCAAGUUUCCCAUGUGUUAUCUGUCAGCUGGUGAAUCCUCUCACACUCAAGCAUCAUGAAUGCUUAAGUCAAGGGACCAGCACUCUUUGGUCUAUUUUCUCAAGUGACUGUAAAAGCAUUUUUUUUUUAAUCUUCCUGUUUUCAUAAAUGAUUUUUUUUUCAUGAAAUAGCAAACUAUUUCAUUAGUUUUCAUAUUGUUUUGCAGCUCAUAAGGCAUAUUUGUUUUUUUCUUGACUGCUAAAAGCACUGCACAUUGCUGAGCUGUGAGAGAUGCCAAAACCACAUUCCCUCCACCCUAUCUUCCCAAGGACUGAAGGCAGGGUGGGUGAUUGAUGCCAAAACCACAGUCCCUCCACCCUAUCUUCCCAAGGACUGAAGGCAAGAUCCUUACUGGAAGGCAGCAUGUCUGAUUUUCCCAUGAGAAAAAAGUCACCCACAGGAAAUGAUGUGAAGAGCACCACUCGGGGGACCGCACCAAGGCAGCAGGGUUUUCACGAGGUGAACAAAAGAAGGACUUUCUUACAGGACAGCAGCUGGAUAAAGAAACGUCUAGAAGAAGAAAAAGAUGAAAACUAUGGCAGGGUGGUGCUCAACCGACACAACUCCCAUGAUGCUUUGGACAGGAAAAUAAAUGAGAGAGAUGGGCCAAAAGCCACAAUUAGUCGGUACAGAUCCGAUGACACUUUGGACAGGAUUUCAGACAGAGAUGAUGCUGCUAAAACAUAUAAGGCCAAUACCUUGGAUAACCAACUAACCAAUAGAAGCUUGUCUACAUUUAGAUCAUCAGGAACAAACACAUUGCCACAUGGUGGUUUACUGAGUGCAAGCAGGACCUACACCUCAUCUUCUACCCCCGCUACUACUCCUGUGAAGAAAAAGAGACAGUCCUGGUUUCCGCCACCCCCUCCUGGUUAUAGUGCCACCCCAAGCAUAGAAGCCAACAAAAGGGACCCAACUGUUCACCCUCCAAUACCUCCAAAGCCCAGAUCUCCUGUUCCUUCUCCUAACCAGCUGAGACCAGACAAUAGGCAGAUAUGUCCACCUAAGCCAGGUGUAUAUACGGAAACCAGCAGAUCUGUUGAAAGAAAUAUAAGGAGUCAGGAUCGUGAUAACAUCGUCAAGGUGGCCACAUCAAUGGGGAAAACUGACAAAGGUGAAGAAUUGGAUAAUAUCAUCAAAAUGAACAAAAGCUUGAACAGGAAUCAAGGUCUUGAUGGUCUCUUCAAAGCAAACCCAAAGGCUGAGCAAACAGAGAAAAGAGCCAAAAGUCUUGAGAGUCUCAUCUAUGUGAAUACUUUGAUGGACAAAGGUGGCAAAGGAAACCAAACUCUUGACAGUGUCAUUAAAGAAAAUCCCAGAGCACUCAAGAAUGACAAAGGAAGCCGAGAUCUUCAAUCUAUUAUCAAAUCAAAUGCCAAGACAGAGAAAACCAGCAAAGGAGAUGAAGAUUUCGAGAAUAUAAUCAAAGUCAGUCCCAAAGGAAAGGAAAAUGUAUCUGGAAAACAAGACUUCAAUGGGCUUAUUAAAGUGAAUCCUGAAACAAAUAAAAACAUCAAGAGGGGCCAGAGUCUUGAAAAUCUGAUCAAAGUGACCCCCGAAGCAAACAGAAGGAACCAAAGUUCCAAAGACCUUAAUAACCUCGUCAGAGUAAGUCCAUCAACAGGAAGAAGCAUGCAAGGGGGCCAAAGUCUUGACAACCUCAUCAAAGUGGCUCCUGAAACAAACAGGAUCAAACCAGGGAACCAAGAUCUGGACAAUCUUAUCAAAGUGACCCCCUCAGCAAACAAAAGUCAACAAGGUCUUGAUGAACUUAUUAAUGUAAACCCCAAAGCUGUCCAAAGCAUCUCUGGAAAUCAAGAUCUUGAUAAGCUCAUCAAAGUGAAUCCUGAAAUUCUCACAAACAACCAAAGAAACCAAGAUCUGGAUAACUUCAUCAAAGUGAAUCCUGUAGUAAUCAGAAACAAUCAGAGCCAAGACCUGGAUCAUCUUAUUAAUGUGAAACCUUCAGCUCUGGAGAACUCUAAUCGAGACCAGGACCAAGAAAAUUUAACUGAAGAAAAUUCUCAUGUGUCUGAAAAAAAGAAUGGAAGGCUAGGUGGCCAAGUCAAUGGAUUCACCAAAACUUUGCACAAUGAGUCUACGAGAAGCACUUCCUAUUCCUAUGAAACCAAGGACAGCUUCAGUUCCAAUGCUGAGACCAGGCACACAAGACCAAAGGACACUGUUGUGUACACAAGGACCUACGUGGAAAACAGUAAAUCACCAAAAGAUGGAUAUCAGGAGAAUACUUCUGGAAAAUAUAUACAAACUGUUUAUUCAACUUCAGAUCGGUCAGUCAUCGAAAGAGAUAUGUGUACUUAUUGUCGCAAACCCUUGGGUUUACAAACGAAAAUGAUUUUAGAUGAAUUACAGAUUUGCUGCCAUUCCACUUGCUUUAAGUGUGAAAUAUGCAAACAGCCUUUGGAAAAUCUACAAGCAGGUGACAGUAUUUGGAUUUAUAGACAGACAAUACACUGUGAACCUUGCUACUCCAAGGUCCUGGCAAAAUGGAUUCAGUGAUGAUGGCACAUGGAAAUCAAGAUGAAAAACAUUAAGAAAUUAAAAGUUACAAGUUUUGAGAGUAUGUAAUCUAGAAAAGCUUUUACACUGAAGAUUAAUUCUUGUAUAAAAUCAACAAGUCUGCUAUUGCAUAAAUAAUCUAAUUCCCCUCAGUAAGGUCAAAUACAUAAAACAACCACCUUGUAUCUGGUUAGAUUUAGUGAUUUAAAAAAAUUGGGGGGCUGGGGUUGUGACUCAGUGAUAGAACACUUGCCUAGCAUGUGUGAGACACUGAGUUCGAUCCACAGCACCACAUAAAAAUAUAUAAAUAAAAUAAAGGUAUUGUGUCCAUCUAGAACUUAUAUAUAUAUAUAUAUAUUUAAUUCGGGUGGUUAUAGUAAUCAAUGUCAAAAGUCCAUCCCUGCUUUAUAUGUUCGCUGUGCAUUAUGGUUUUGAUUAUUACCAAAUUUCUCAUUUAUUCACUUUUAUUCCACUGAGAAUUUGGAUUCACAGUCAUUAUGGAAAUCUUGACAAAUAUACUACAGAAAGUAACAUAUGCUUUUUUUAUCUGCAAAAGAAAUGCCGGUAGAAAUUUUCUUAUAAAGUUUUGCACAAAGAUGUCAACAUAAAAGGUUAUAUGGACCUUAGAAAAUCACUUAAACUUUCUAGAUCUCUGUGACAUUAUUUGUAACAUGAAGGGCAUAGGACAAAAUGAUUUCUAAGGUCCCUUUUUGCUACUCUGGUUCUCUGAUUCUAGAAUUUGGGGUUUGCUUGUUAGAAAUAUGUCAGUAUGUGUGUUUGUUAAGUUUAUUGAACUACAUGGGAUAUAUGAGAAAUUUGACCUUAAUAUCAUCCUUCAAUUUAUCAGAAGAAUAGUUUUUAUAGACUAUUUUUUAAAAGGAAAUAGAUUUAUAGAUAAUAGGUAAAAUCAUAUAACAUAUAUAAUUACAUGCUAUAAUUUGUUAAAUUUUCUUUGCAUGCAUUUCAAAGUCUGGGUGUACAAAUAAUCUAUGAGAAGUAAUUGUUAUGGAUUACAAACACAUUCUACAUACAUACCUAUUAUGUAGCACUUUGUAUUUACAGAAAGCUUAUAAAAAUAAAAUGAACUAUCAAGUAUGCAGAA